GGCUAACCGCGUCAAGCAAGCUUGCCUAUAAAAUUUUUAGCAAAAUGCAGAAAUAAAGUCCAUUAUAAUGUAUAGUCGAAGAAAAAUGGGCACUAGUUUGGCGGUGGUUCUUGUGAAGCUUAUCUUGCUUACAGCUCUGUUGGAAGCCGCAGCAAGAAUAGCAGCAGCUCAAUCGAAACCCGGAUGCCUAAGUCAAUGCGGGGAUAUUAGCAUCCCAUACCCCUUCGGUACAGGCAACGAUUGCAACAUCACUGAAGAAUUUUUCAUCACAUGUAACACCACUUCUAUACCCAACAAAGCUUUCUUAACCGACAGUAAUAUCGAAGUCGUCAACAUAUCGCUCGACGGUCAGCUGCGCGUCCUUAGUUUAGCAAGCUAUGACUGUUAUAAUUCAUCAGGACGCAGUUAUUAUUUCAAUUACUGGCUCCAACUUUCCAAAUUCCCCGUAAAUAAUACCAGAAACAAGUUCACAGCAAUUGGGUGCGACACGUUUGCUGUUGUUGAAUUCCCCAGUGGUGAAUAUGCGACCGGCUGUCUAUCACUAUGUAAUGACGUUGGCGAUGUGAUAAAUGGGUCUUGCUCUGGCAUUGGCUGCUGCCAGACAGCUAUCCCAAAAGGAGUGAGUGGUUAUAACAUCAAUCUUUAUAGCCCUGACAACCAUACCCAAGUACUGGCUGAUAAUCCCUGCAGCUAUGCAUUUGUUGCAGAGGAUACCGCCCAUAACUUCUCUAAUUCAGAUCUUGGCGGUUACGAUUUACUAGAAAAGCAAUUUCCAGUUAUUCUCGAUUGGACAAUCGGGCAUAAGACAAGUUGCAGUGAAGCGAAGAAGGACAUUGAUAAUUUUGCGUGCACGGAGAAUAGCAACUGUGUUGACUCAGAAAUUAGUUCAGGAUCAUAUAUCUGCAAGUGUUUUGAGGGUUUCGAGGGGAAUCCUUACCUUUCCAAUGGAUGCCAAGAUAUAGAUGAGUGCGAAACUUUAGAGCCUAAGCCUUGCAAUAUGACAUGUCACAAUUUCCCGGGGAGUUAUAAUUGUUCAUGCCCUGAGGGAUUCCAAGGUGACGGCUGGAAUAACGGAACAGGCUGCAGUCGCCCAAUUAGCCCAAUUAAGAAGAGAUCUCUAACAAAUAUUGUUCUAGGUAGUGGCAUUGGCUUCUUUGCCCUGCUCUUGGGCAUAACAUUGUUGUAUUUGAUACUCAAACAAAGGCAGAUUGCCAAACUCAGAGAAAAAUACUUUCAGCAGAACGGUGGCACUUUGUUGCAAGAAAAACUUUCCCAACGUGAAGGGCACCGUGAAAAGGUUAAAGUAUUUGCAGCUGAAGAACUCAAGAAGGCAACAAAUAAUUAUCAUGAAAGUAGAAUCUUAGGACAAGGAGGACAGGGAACAGUUUUCAAAGGAAUUUUACCUGAUAAUCAAAUGGUUGCCAUAAAAAAAUCCAGAAUAGGAGAUCAUAGCCAAGUUGAACCAUUCAUUAAUGAAAUAUCUGUGCUUUACCAAAUCAACCACAGGAAUGUUGUCAAACUCCUAGGAUGUUGUUUGGAGACACCGGUUCCACUGUUAGUCUAUGAAUACGUGACUAAUGGAACCCUUUUUGACCAUAUGCAUAAUGUUGCUGGUGCCUCGUUUCUUCCAUGGGAAGCUCGUUUGAGAAUUGCCACAGAAACUGCGGAAGCCCUUUCUUAUUUGCACUCUGCUGCUUCUAUUCCAAUUAUUCAUCGAGACAUCAAGUUGGCAAACAUACUCUUAGAUGAGCAUUUCACCGCAAAAGUUUCUGAUUUUGGAGCUUCGAGAUUGAUCCCGUCCGACCAGGCACAGGUGACUACAAUUAUUCAAGGAACUUUUGGUUACUUGGAUCCCGAAUACAUGCAAACAGGUCAAUUGACUGAAAAGAGUGAUGUCUAUAGCUUUGGGGUUGUUCUUAUAGAGUUACUAACAGGACAAAAAGCGGUUUGUUUUGCAAGAUCAGAAGACAAGAAAAUUUUGGCUAUGUACUUUGUUUCUUUGAUGAAAGAGGACCGCUUGCUAGAAAUUGUCGAUCCAAGGGUGAUGAAUGAUGGAAACCUUGAGCAUCUUAAAGAAGUAGCAGCUUUAGCUUGGAAAUGUGUGAGAAUGAAGGGAGAGGAAAGGCCGAGUAUGAAGGAAGUUGCCCAUGAACUAGCAGGACUGCAAGCAAUGGAGAAACACCCUUGGGGUAAAAGUAAUUUACACGCAGAAGAAGCUGAAUACUUGCUUGGUGAAUUGUGCAACAGUUGCGAUAAUGGUGCAUCUAGCAGCUCAGUGGGGUAUGACAGCAUAAAUAAUCAAGUCACAUUUGAACUUGAAGGUGCACGUUGAAAGCAUAAAAUGUCAUGUGCUCGAACGAUUUCUUGUUUCGCUUCCCUAUGAUCUUUCAAAUAUUUUCAGCAGUUUGUUUCUGGUUUUUUCCCAUGUAAUUUCUUUGUUUAUUUCUCAUUUCCUGCCAAUGCGUAGUCUUGUCAUCUUAUCUAUGAUUCAAGCAACUUCCAGAAUUAUACUGCUAUUUUCAAAGUCUUGA